UUAGAGAUCAGCUUUUGACCCCUCAUAAUCAGUCGAAAUGUGCGAGUCAUUUUCCGAUAACGAAUCGGUUCUUACCGAGAAAUCCGGAUUCCGACCAACUUUGAAGUACCUUUUAACCGGUUGGCGAAUGAGGGCAUCUCUCAGCACGUUUCCUUUCAAUCAUAGUCAAGACCGCAAAUUGUGCAGAAUGGUCUUCGCCGAAUGGAAGGCCAAAAACUAUCUCACAACGGAGCAAUUCCAAAUCGCCGCUUACAGUUUCGCGAUAGCGAACGACAUCAAAGUUCUCCGAGUUUGGGAAAAGUGUGGUCGAGCGUCAAACCAUUGGUUGAAGAAUUUUCUGACGCGGCACCCAGAGGUCAGGGACAUGCUGAUUGGAAAACGGGGAGCUCCACCGAAAAGGAAAUCCGACGGUUGUGAAGAAGAUUUAUUGGACGAAAGCCCUUCCGAGUACUCCGACGACGAUGACGAUGACGACGACGACGACAACGACGAUUCUCUCGACGAGGAUGAAGACUCGGACUCGGAGCUCGACGGAAGCGAUGCAUGAGGUUUUUAGGGGGACGCGAUAUCAGCUGAUCUUUGCGAGUCCGCAAGUCGGCUUGGUGGAGAACUUUGCGUCGAAUGUUUGUGCGAUUUUAAUCCCUGAGCCGCGAGUACCGCUCAGCAGUUCAUGGGACUUUUCUCGACUCAUCGAGUCUGAGCGAGCGAGAGGGAGCGAAUUGUAUAUCCUCAAUGGUGGCUUUGCGCGAACAUUUGUCUGGCCGCAGCCCAAACAAUGAAUGGUCCAUUUCACGUUCCGAAAACUGGUUAGAGGAAGAAUCGCACCCGAGGAGAAGCCCAAGAUAAUUUCAUGGAAUAGGUAUUGUUUCUCAGAGAUCGAGAAUAAUCGGGGGAUCUCCCAAAAAGGUCUGGGAGAACCAACGACAUCAAUAAAUCUCAAUCGAUUCA